AUGCAAUCAGCAACUUCACGACCAAUUCUCCGUAUCACCACCAAUCCAACUAUUCUGCGAUCUCUAUCUACCACCCCAAGGAUCAUGGGUGCAGGUGAUAUAGGUUCGACAAAGUCGGGCUUCAUGGCCGAGAAGGACUCUUUCGCCAAACGCGAGGCAGCACACGAAGGCAUGUACAUUCGACAAAUAGAAAUGGAGAAGCUUGAGCGUCUCAAACACAAGCUCAAGGAGCAGCGCAAGCAUAUGAAUGAACUCGACAAGCACCUGUAG